AUGAACGGCUCGUCAAUGGAGACAAAUAUCGCGACAAAUAUUGAAUCGGAUUUCGGCGAAGAUUUGGCCACGAAUUCCAACAAAGAGAAUGUCAUCGCAAACGGAUCCCAGAGUUCGCAAAGACACCGCUUCAAGGGUGAGAUUGUGAUGGCUUUGCACACAUUAGCGAUCGACAAUAAGAUCGAACAGGCGAUGGAUCUCGUGAAGAGUCACCUCAUGUUCGCUGUGCGCGAAGAAGUGGACGUCUUGAAGGAACGCAUCAAAGAGCUCGAGUCCGAGAUCCACAUUCUGCGAGCGCACGCGACGUCCGACGUGUUGCAACUGGUUCUGCAGCAGCAGUCGGGCCAACAGAUGGCGCCACAGGAGAGACAACGCGAACAACAAUUAGAAUAGUAUUUAUUUUGUAAUAAAAUCUUUGGUCUUUAAA